AUGUGCGACGACUGCGAGUGCUGCUGCGCGUGCUUCGCCCCGUACCAACGCUUCGCGUGCGGCUUCUGCAUCGGCCUCGCCAUCAUCGCCGCGGUGGCCGUCAUCGUCGUCCUCGUCCUCGGCUACGGCCACGUGGCGCAGCCGAGGUUCGAGGUCGACGACGCCUCGCUCACGCGCUUCACCGUGGCCACCUCGCCGGCCACCACCAUCUCCUACAACCUCACGCUCACGCUCGCCGUGCGCAACCGGAACUGGGCCAUGGGCGCUACCUUCCGGUCCCUCGAGGCCGACUACCGCUUCGAGGACCAGAGCUUCGACCGCGUCGACGUCGUCGCCUCGCCGACCUACGUCCUGCCCGCCAGGAAGACCGCCGUGUUCCGCCUCGCCAGCGGCGCCGACGCCGUGAACGUCAUGCUCGGCAGUGCCGGCGUCAGGGCGUACCGGAAGCAGAGCGCCAAGGGGGUGUUCGACAUCGAGGUGAAGCUCUCCGGCCAGGUCAAGUACCAGCUGCACAGCACGUGGUGCAGGCUGGAGGCCAAGUGCCCGCUCAACCUGCAGCUCGGGUCGCCGGACGGUGGCGGCGCCGUCGUCUUCCAGAAGACCACCUGCGAGGUGCUCCGGUCAUCGCAGAAGGGGUGCUGA